AUCUGUCAAUUCUGUCAUCAAGUCAUCAUCUGACAGUUCAAGAACAAAUUAAAAUAUUGAUUCAUCAGCGCUGUAAUUUUUAAUAACUAAAAAAUGUCUAACUUUGAUGCUUUUGAUCAACCAGAUGUGGAUCCAGCCGCAGAAUUUCUGGCCCGUGAGCAAAACGAUUUGGCAGGUUUGGAAGAUGAAGUUAAACCCGCCGCAGCAAUGUCCGUUCCUCUUGUAAACGGAGAUGACCCAACCAAUUCUGCAAGCAGUUUCGAAAUGGUUGAAGGGUUUGAAGAUGGAACUUCACUAAAGAGAGAAGAUUUUGAUGCUGAUGCCUUUUUGAAACCUGAACAUGACCUAUUAAGAGGAGUGUCACCUUCACCCCCACCUCUCAACAGGGAAGUUCGAGAAGAACCAGAAAAGAUAAAAAAAUGGCGAGAGGAGCAAAUUAAACGUUUGGAAGAGAAAGAUGAAGAAGAAGAAAGGAAAAAAUUGGAACUUCGUGAAGUAGCACGCAAAGAAUUGGAAGACUGGUACAAAAAUCAUGAAGAAGCUAUAGCAAAAACUAAAGCUGCUAAUAGAGAUGCAGCAAAAAAUGCUGAGAAACAAUUCGUCGCUGAAGAUGAUGAAAUCGAGCCAGGUACAGAGUGGGAAAGAAUCGCAAAGUUGUGCGACUUUAAUCCCAAAGCUAAACAAGGCAACAAAGAUGUGUCCCGUAUGCGUUCAAUUGUUCUACAACUGAAGCAAUCACCAAUCCCCAUCAACAACAAGGCUUAAAGAGUUUUAACCAGAACUAAACUUACUGUAAGAGGAAAUUAAAUAAUCUAAUGUAGAUUUCAUUUUAUAUUUACGCAGUUAUUACAUAAAAUGUAUAAAUAAUAAAAGAUAUAUAAAAUAUAAA